CUCAGUGGCGAUCAAACUUCAUUAAAAAUUAAUAAUUGAUUUAGUUACAACAUAUUAAAUGCCUGGAAAUACAUGCAGUGUGAACAUGAUGAGGGAGUCGGCACACGAUAUCGGCAUGGAGACGUGGAUACAGUGGAUUUUGGAUGCGAUAUCUAAGAUCAGGUCCCAGAAACAGAGGCCAUCCGUUCAGAGGAUAUGCCAGGCCAUUGGCACGCAUCACAAGUUUCAUGAGGACAUCGUGGCCGAAAAGCUGGAGAAGGCUGUGGACUCGGGAGCCGUGAUUAAGGUCUACAACAAGGGCUUGCACUCGUACAAAGCGCCCAUGGCCAAGCGUCGGGUCAAAGUGGACAAGAACACCAACCUUUGCAAACUGGUGGCCAAAGCGGUGCACGAUCUGGGCGAGUGCGAGGGAUCCACAUUGAAGAGCAUCGAGAACUACAUUCAGAAAUUCAACUGCAUCGACCUAUCGCCCAAUGUCGACUUUAAGACGGUAAUAAAGGCGUCUAUCAAGAAGGCCGUGGACUCUGGCUUUCUGCUGCAGGAGGGUAAACUCUACAAAAAGGGCAAGUCCCUGACCACGCCACGAAAGUGUGUCCCACAGACGGAUGUGGUCAUUAAGGGAGAAGACACUUGCACCCACUGCUCCGGAAACUCUCAGAAAAACCUCAAUGGCAUUCCAGAGCCCCUGAGCUCCUGCAAGCAGUGUGGCAUCUCGCUGCACACCACAUGCGCAAACAUUGCCGGCAGAUGCAAGUCGCAGUCGUAUGUGCUGCUCUACAUGCUGGUCACCAAGGGAACCCUGUGGGACUGUCAGAGCUGCGCCGAUUGCGCUGUCUGCAAGAUGCGCAACCGUGGACCCUGUCUCUUGCAGUGUUUUGUCUGCAAGGAUCACUUUCACCUGACGUGUCUCGACACGAUACCCGACAAGAAACCCAAGCAUCCCUACAGAUGUAAGACUUGCUCAAAGCAAAGCAUUGAGAAUCCAAAACUAUUGAAAAAGGAUGCCACAAAGAUCAAAAUGGAGGAUGGGAAUGAGAAGCUAUCAUCGUACGAUAGAGUCGCCUUCAGCAAGCGACAGAUAAUCAAAAGGGAGGGAAACGCCGAGAGUCCCUCAACCUCGAAACUUUGCGUCUAUAAUGAUGGCAAUGGACAGAGAAGGAAACUGUCUGGGUCUGGUCUGAAUGCCAGGAAAUUAAACAUAAGUGAGGAUCAAUUCGAGUUCCCCUCGAAGCAAAGGAAGUCACAAAUACUACAGGGAGGCUACAUCCAAGCCAGCCAGGAGACGCGAAAGCGCACAUUCUCCGAUCUAUCGUCGACUAGCUCCUCCAGUGACAGUGAGGACGAUGACGAUGAGGACGAUGACAGGAACAGGAACGACAAUGAUCAGGAUGAGAGCACCAGCUCGGAUUCAUGCACUUCCUCGAGCUCAGACUCGGACUCGAGCGAAAGUUCCAGCGACAGUUCGGAAUGCGAUGAUGAGAACGACGACGAGGACUAUGACACCGAUCGGAGCACGCUAAAGGGGAAGCUAUUCGAGAAUGAUAAACAGAACAAUUGCAAGCUGAAUGCCGGCGGCGCCAGUGAACGCCUGAGUUCGCCGGAAAGCAAUGAAGUGGCGAAUGAGAAUUGGGGAUUCGCAGCAGUUGCCAAGAACCCAAUUGACAUAUUUGUGAAAUCGAAGAACAGUGUUGGUGCCAAAGGCAUCAACUAUGCCAAGCAAAUGGCAGACACAGGAGGCUAUUCAGCAGCAGCAGCUGCAUCGCCACUCGCCAGGCCAACGAAGGGUGCCGGGCCAAUGAACUCGACAAUGGCUUCGACAGCCGAUAAGGCAGAUUCAAAAUCAUCGGGAAACUUGCAGAGGAAAAAGAUUGUGCCCCUGAAGUCGAUGCCUCUCGAUGUUGGUAAAUCGUACGAGAAACGGGAAGAGGAGGAGGACAUUCCAUACCUCACAGAGGAGACUGUAUUAAAGUGUCAAAUGAUGGCGAAAAUCGAUCGUUGCAGAGACACAAAAAGCGAAGGAAAAACCAAUCCAGAUUCUGAAGAUAUGUGCACGGAAAACCUGAAGCGUACGAAUCCAUUUGAGAAUCAGCCGCUACCGCCAUGCGUUAAUCCCGUGGAUGUUGAUCUGUAUCAGGAAGUGCUCCACAAAGCCGUUGUCCAGAUGUCCAACAACUGCCAGAAGAUGACUGACGUGGCCCAGCAGAAGCAGGGACAGCACACGCUCAGUCCCAAAUCUAUUCAGAUCGGCAAGUGGGACAUUGAGACAUGGUAUUCCAGCCCGUUUCCGCAGGAGUAUGCCAGGCUCAUUAAACUGUUUCUGUGCGAAUUCUGUUUGAAGUACACGAAGAGUCGGUCUGUGCUGGACAGGCACCAGAACAAGUGCAUCUGGAAGCAGCCGCCUGGCACUGAGAUAUUUCGCCAGGGGAAUAUCUCGGUGUUCGAGGUGGAUGGCAAUGUGAACAAGAUAUAUUGCCAGAACCUGUGCCUGCUGGCCAAGUUCUUUCUGGACCACAAGACGCUCUACUACGACGUGGAGCCCUUUCUGUUCUAUAUCCUAACGAAAAACGACCAGAGCGGCUGCCAUCUGGUUGGCUACUUUUCGAAGGAGAAGCACUGCACGCAAAAGUACAAUGUCUCCUGCAUCCUGACCAUGCCGCAGUACCAAAGGCAGGGAUACGGCCGAUUCCUGAUUGACUUUAGCUAUUUGCUGAGUCGCGAGGAGGGUCAGCUGGGAACCCCCGAGAAGCCGCUCUCGGAUUUGGGGCGUCUCUCGUACUUUUCAUACUGGAAGUCUGUGGUCCUCGAGUAUCUGUACAAGUAUCGCAAUCAGUCGAAGAUCACUUUCAAGGACAUUGCCAUCAAAACGGGCCUAGCCAUAUCGGACAUUGCGUUGGCGUUCGAGCUGCUGAACUUCAUCAAACUGAGGAAGAACGAUGGCGACAUUCGGUAUCAGAUAAACGUGAGAAUCGAUUGGAAGAAGGUCCUGGCCCACAACAAUAGAAUGGCGAACAGUAGGACGCGCAUACUCAUCGAGGCCGACUGCCUGCGCUGGAGUCCCCUGUUGUCCGUCUCCAAGUUGCCCAAUAUCAUCAAGCCGAUCUCCAAUCGGGAGUACUUGAACAACCAGCUGUUGCAGAGGUCCGAAUACAAAGAGAAGGAGCUCCCUUCUCCCGACACUAAAGUCGUGACCAAACAAAGUAUUACCACUGCGAAGCCAGGAGCGAGUCCAGCUGUCAGUGGCGACGAGCACAUCAAAAACCGCAGCGGCGAAAGGCUAGAAGAGCAGAGGGAGAACCCGCGAAAGCGCCGCUCCAGUGAGGAGUUGUCCAAGCUGGCCACGAGCGUGGGAAAGAAGAUUAAACAGGCUCUGGAACAGCAAGCGGCGGCGGACGAACACUCCUUUGGCGACAACUCGGACUCUUCCGAUUGCAAGUCCUCAAAGAAUUCCAACGAGCUUUCCGAGCACUUGACCAAACGGGCCCAGAGAUUGGCCAAGCGUAACGACGGCGUAAUGAUUCCGCACACAAACAAGCGCAAGCAUUUCGAGCGGCAGCUGGACAAUAGUGCCGACCAGAGCCUGUCGUUGGGACAGAGCUGCGAGCCAGAGACGACCCCUGCAGCGGAUCCCGCAGUGGAGGCUGAAUCUUCCACUUUGGAAGAGCCACCCUCCAAGGAAGUCUGCAGAAGUCAGGCUGAAAAGGCCGAUCACACCGACAAGCCGGUCAAUAUCGUACCCAAACUGAGGGGCAAGCAGUCCAAUGGAAAACGAUCCGAGGAGUCGCAGUUCACAGAAGCCACAGACGCAGUAGCAGCUCCAACUGCAGAUCCAGCUUCAGCAUCAGCUCCAGCACCCAGAAAGGAGGCAGCCAACGAAGAGUCGAUGAAAAUGCCCAACACUGAGGUCGCUGCCAAAGCAUGCGAGUCUGAAAAGAGCGAGGCCGAAGGCAACGGCAGCAUAAACGAGCAGGUCCUAGAUGCCGUGGCUAAGAAAACUAAAAAGACAGUAUUCUCCGAUGUGGCGUCCUACAAUGUGAACAGUGAGAGCGAAGUCAAGUAUAGCGCAACGCAAAAGCCAACAGAAAACGCAAUCGAACCAAGAAAAGAGGCCGAUGUCAAGGAACAUAAACUACUGCAGCCUGAAACUCCAGCUGUAGCUGUAGCUGCAGCUCCAGCUGCUCCUGAGCUGAACAUCGUUAAACCCAAGAGUCCUGUCAUUCAUAGUAGCCCUGUGGAGAAAAAAGAAGAACCUCCUGUGGCACCACAGCAGCCUCUGGCUGUGCAGGAGAAGUCUGGUAAUCCCGUGUGCAUGGCUGAAGAAAAGAAACCGAAACUGGACAUGAGCUGCCUGAAACCAGAGUCAUCUGUGUUCACGGAACUUCUGCCGCCGGUACAGCCAGCAGCGGCAGUGCCAGUGCCAGUGGCAGUGUCUCAUGAAAAAACCAAGGAAAUCGCUCCUGUAAUGAUACCCGAGGUCCCGGUCCCUGUGACGCAGAAACCGAUGGAAGUGAAAAGAUUCGAUGUGGUGGUCCCCACACAUCCAGCACCUGCCAAUGCGAACGCCAACCAGAGGGCAGAGGCUGCACAUUCCUAUGUGGACCCGCCAAAGCCACAGCCACAUCUACACGCCCAGGCCCAGUACAGGUUCAGCCCCAGCCACAGCCGCAGACCCAAGCACAGGCAUUCAAUGAGCCCCACACCAUGGGAAAAGAGUGAUCACCUUAUGGGCAAGGACAAUGGGGAUAUCAAGGAGAAGCCGUUGAAGAAGCCCGUGCAAGAGACGCCUGUGGUAAAGCCAGAAGUCCACCAGGCCUAUGCCGCAGAAAGGAAGUUUGACAGUGCCAAGAUGAAAGCGGUUCCCGAAAGGGAAGCGCUGAAGCCAGAACACGCCAUGGUACAAGUGAAGGAGGAGGACAAAUCGAGCGCACGAGGACCCCCCGCUCCCGCUCCUGCUCCUGCUCCCUCGAACGUAGUGCCCGUAGUGCGGGAGAAGUUACAGCUGAAGGGGAUACCAGAGCACACACAGCUACAGAACCCGAUCCCCAGUCAGUUCAACAUCAACCAGAUGCCCAACUACCACCACACCUCGCAGUACUGGCAGUGGGACUACUACAGCUACAAUCUCCAUUUGGAUUCGGCCACGCAGAAGGGCCAGAAGCAGUUCCAGAAGGACCUGGCCACGACCAUGGCCUACACGCACAACCUAACCCAGAAUCUGUACCAGUCCGCCAACCACCUGGCCAUGCACCACGCAGCCACGCACCACCAGAUCCACCAAGCCAAGGAGAAGCACAAGCUGGAGCGGAAGGGCACGGGCAAGAAGGAGGAGCAUCCCAAGCUUAUGUCCAGCGGGAAUGUGGUGAGCAGCUCCCGCGAGGAGGCAGCGCAUGGCCACAGCAGCUGCAACGAGUAUGGCGUGAACAAUCAGGCAGCGAUCUACAACCAGAAAUGUGCCCCGCAGCAGAAGAUGUUCAAGCCCUCGCCCGAGCAGGCGCAGCAAAUGAAGUCUCUGGCUAAUGCCCAGAACGCGGUGCAGCGACAGGGCAAUCCCAAUGCCAAUCCCAAUCCCAACCAGGCUGAAGCGUCGGCUCUGUUGCCGAACUCGGUUAAUCCACAGGCGGGGGGGUCCGCGGCUCCCAAACAGAAGCUCGAUCACGGCGUCAACGCAGCUCCAGUCAUUUCGCGCGAGGGUAAAAUCAAAAUUGGUCACCCGAACAUUCACGCGGCUCCGCAACAUUCGAGCCUGCAAGUGCCCGGGCAAUCCGAGGUCAAUCCAAAUAUGGUUUACAGCCCGGAGGCGUCGGCGAAUGCAGGAAUGCAGCAGCAGCAGCAACAGCAACAACAGCAGCAGCAGCAGCACUACGACUGCGGCAUCAAUGCCCAGAUAAAUAUGGACACACCGCCCAACAUUGGCAGCGCCAUUAACCACGGCACCGACAACAUCCAGGCCGCCACGUCCAACGUGCAUAUGCACCAGCCGCACAGGCAGUACUCGGACUGCUCCAUGCAGAACCAGCCAGUCACCACGCCCAUGCAUAUGUCCAUCCAGAACUCGCACAUGCAGCAACAGAACAACCUGAACAUGAAUUUAGCUCCCGAGGGAUCACCGAACAUCAGUUUGCUGGGCAAUGCCCAGCAGCAGCAGCAGCAGCAACAUCAGCAUCAGACCAGGAAGUUGAAUACUCAGGCGGAUAAUGCCAAUGUUAGUUCACCAACACCGUCGCAUCGAGCCACCACACCCAAGCAAAUACGCAGUGGCAAUGGUGCCCAGCAGCGGGACGCCAAAAACUCGUCUGCGGCAACCACAACGACGAAUGCGCAUCACCAGAUUCCGCAGGGCGCCACUUCAAAUAUUCCAAAGUCGCACCAGGAGUCGUUGCACAACCUGCAGUUCUCGCAGCACGGACACCAGCAGAAUAUGCAGCCACUGGACUAUGUACCGAUUCCACAGAUCAGUCAGAACUUUGCGACAAAUCCCUCGAACUACGACAUUGUGGGCAUGCCACCCGCGGUCAUCCAGCAGAGAAUGUCGCUCAACAGUUCGGUGCAUCCGCUGGCGAACAGCCAUCAGCGGAUCGAGCAGCCGUCAUCGGCGUGCGCCGUCAACAAUUUUUACUUGCAAAACAACAUGCCCGCCAGCGAGAAUGCACCCCGGGUGCCUGUGUCCAGUUCGUUGGGGCCGCCAUCUGCUGGAGCCAACAACAACAACAACGACCAGAGGCAGGCAACUCAAGAGUCCAUAUCGGGUUCGAACAGCAGUGGCACUAGCGGCACUAGUGGCGGCUCCUCUCUGGCGGGCAAUCUGUGCAGUCUCUCGAAGCUGCAACAGCUCACGAAUUGCCUAGAGAGCCAGCCAUGCAAUACGUCGCCGGGGGCCCAAGUGAAUCUAGCGCCGUCACCGCAUCACCCGAUUCCACCCAACUCAAUGACCCCGCCCCCCCACCUGCUGAUGCAGAACAGGAACAUUUCCACGCCACCCAACAUGCUGCAGACGCAGGUGGCACCGCUGCAGUACCACAAGUACUAUCCCGGCAACAUGAACAUUGCCCCGAUUGCGUCCACGCAGAACUCCAGCCGAAACACGCGGAACACACCGUCCGCACCCGUGCAGCACACCUCGGCGCCGAUGAGCAGCACAAACAAUCGCACCACCAAUGUCCACAUCAGUCCCAAUCUGAUGGCUUCCUAUGGAGCGAUCAACAGCUACAGGAUGUCGCCGCAGCAGUCCCCCACCGGCGGCUACAGUUCGGGGGGUGAGUAUCCCAACUCCCAGAUACCGAUGCAAAUGGGCGUCAUGAAUAUGCAAUCUCAGUACCAAGAUGCAUGUGUGUUGCAGAGACCCUCACAAUCCAAUCCGAUGUAUCCAACGUAUUCUCCCUAUUUACCUCUCAACGGCUCCAUUCGCAGGUAAUGGGUUCACACAUUUUAUAUAUUAUUGUAUUGACUAUAAUUCCUAUAGAAAUGUGUGCUGUAAAUAAACCUUAAAUAUAUAUUGUCAAUUAAUAAAACCAA